AUGCUGCAUUUUCCCAGGAAGAACCGCUAUACUAGUAUUUUUUAUAAAGAAGACAACACAACAAGAGACACACAUGACAACAGUGUUCUGUCUGUAAAAGAGGCCGCAGUCACAUUCUCCCUGCUUCUGAACAUAGACAUUCUUGUGUUUUAUGGGUCACAGGUUUACUCCUCUACAACAUCAGAGAGGAUCCCUGAAAGACUGGAGACAGAAGAGAAAGCAGUCCUACUAGAUUUGUGUCUACAAGCAGCACUAGAUCACAGAGAAACAUUCCAGAGAACUGUGAACACACUGCUGUCACUGUUCUCUGUGUAUCAAACUGAGAGAUAUGACAUCCUGCUGGAUCUGUACUCUCAUGUGAAGUACAAUAGGAAUCAAACAGCCAGGAGUGUCCUUCCAUCAUUGCAGCCACUUUACCAGUCAGCUCCUGCAGUCUGGUCCAUAGACCUCUCAGAGAGAAAGACCUCCCUCCUCCUAGAAGUGCUGAAACUCCAACCAGGGAAGAAACCAGUAGAGCUGAAGGGCUGGUCAGAUGAAGAGAGUGAAGUGAGGAGUUUCCUUCAGUGUCUGUCCUACAUCUCACAGCUGAGUCCCACCACAGUUUAUUACCACUCAGCUGACAGUUUCAAUCUCCCCCAGAUACGAGAGCCUCACCAGAGUUACAGCCGGGUCGGUUCAAACAUGAGUUAAUGAGACUCUUUGUUUUCAUUAGGCAUACAUUCCUCUCUUCCCAGGUCCACACAACAUCUAAU